UGUCACACAUACACAGAAUAAGAACUUUCUUAUCUACCAUGUUGAUUUUCAUGAUUCAAUUUUCGGACGGUUUUCCCUAGGCUUCGAUAUAUUAGUAUCGAGACCUAUUUAUAUGAUGGUGCCAUAGACAUAGAUAUAUUCACAGUUUAGUAUACUAUAGUAAUAACAAAUAUUAAUAUAUUAUGUCAUAAACAUGGCAAAUAAUUCGUUGUCAGAACAAUUCUCCUUAAAGUGGAACAAUUUUUCUAACAAUUUAACAUCUGGGUUUCUAAGUCAUCUUACUGAAAAUGAUCUAGUUGAUGUUACACUUGCAGUGGAAGGUCAAUUGUUACAAGCACACAAACUGGUUCUGUCAAUAUGUAGUCCAUACUUUAAAAAUAUAUUUAAGGAAAAUCCUUGUCAACAUCCAGUAAUUAUACUUAAGGACAUGAAGUAUACUGAAAUUGAGUCACUAUUGAAAUUCAUGUAUCAAGGUGAAAUAAAUAUCAAUCAAGAAGAUUUAUCUACUUUUCUAAAAGUAGCACAAACAUUACAGAUAAGAGGACUCACAACAGAAGAUACAAAUAGCACAAAAUCGUUUCCUAGUUGUGAUAUUCAAUCAGAUAUUGAUUGUAAUAUACAAAAUGUUGCUCAAUCAAAUUUAAGUACAAUAAAUAGAACUUCCAAAGAAAUAGAAAUGAUAGAUAGAAGAAAGAGAUCCCAUGACAUAACAAAAAAAAGUUACAAGAGAAAAAAACAAGAUAUGUCCUUAACAACAGAAAAUAUUCAUGAUCUAUCUAAUGAGAAAGUGGAUAAUGAUAAUCACGAAGUUUUGUUUUUGACGACUGACACAAAUAAUGAGACAAAUGAAAUUGUAGAUGAGGAAGAAAAUAUUAAUAUUCCUACUAUAAAAAUCAAUGAUCAUAAUAAAAGUGAUGAUAGCCCUUUGCUACCUUUUCCCUUGAAUACUGAAAAUUCAAGAGAAAAUUCAACUCAGCAAGAUGUUGAACCAGUAAUUUACAGGCUUUCUGCACGAGGUCGACCACAAUUAGUGCAUGAGGGUUAUGUUUACAAUUUGACUUCUCGCUCUGAGGGAUUGAAUAGGUCUCAUUAUAGAUGUGCUGAACAGCAUCGUGGUUGUAAAGGUAAAUGUGCGGUUAUUGCAGAAAGAUUUAUGCCUACAGGUGUACAUGAUCAUAAUCAUCCACCUGGGUAUCAAUCAGAACAUGAUUACAGAAAAAAGAAAGGUUUAGAUGUAGAUACUCCUUAAAUCAUAAAUAUUUUAAGCUUGUAAACAGCAUUUUAUCAUAUUCUUAUUUUGUUACUGAAACUUUAGUAAAAAUGAAAAGUUCUUUCCAAGUAAUAUUGGCAUAUAGUAUGACAUAUAACAAUAAUUCUUCAUAGAAAAGAAGCAUACAGUUAGGAAGUAUUCAUUUGCUGUGCAAUUUUAUAGUGAAAAUAAAAAUUUAGUACAUUGCAAUAUUGCAAAAAUUGUACAUUUAUAACUAUACAUAACAGUAACAUAACAAGCCAAUGUGGUAUAUGGACCACUGUAUUUCAAUAAACUGUGAUGCACUUUUUUGCGAUAUAUAUAUAUAUAUAUAUAUAAAGAAAAACAAUAUAAAAUAGGUGAUGAGUACAUUCCA